AUGUCCCGAUUCUUCCGCGGCGGUGACGACAGCUCGUCCGAGAGCAGCUCCGACGAGGAGGAGCUGUACUCCACCUCCGAGGAGGAGGAGGAGGAGGACCAGGACCAGGAAGAAUCCUCUGAGGAGGAGGACGAGGAGGAGUCCAGCGACGAGGAUGAGGGUCCCAAGAAGACGGGCUUGUCCCGUUUCCUUGUCGACCAGGCAUCAUCAGACAGCGAGGGCAGUGAUGAGGAAGGCGCCACCAAGGUCAAGAGUGCCAAGGACAAGCGGUUCGACGAGCUAGAGGCUACGAUCACCACCAUUCAAAACCGCCAGAAAAUCGAUGACUGGGGUUCCAUUGCAAAUGAGUUCGAUAAACUUAAUCGACAAGUCGUUAAGCUCCAAGAUGGUGGCAAAGCCCCGAAGUCAUACAUUAAGUGCAUCGCCGAAUUGGAAGAUUUCUUGAAUGAGACGCUCGCAAAGCAGAAGGUUACGCCCAAGAACAAGAAGCUGAAUGCCACCAAUGCCCGUGGUCUCAAUGCGGUCAAGCAACGUAUCAAGAAGAACAACAAAGAUUACCAAGCCCAGAUCGAUGCGUUCAGGAAAGACAGCGAUGACUUUAUGGAAUCGGACGAGGAAGAAGUUCCGGCGCCAAAGACCAAGGUUCGAUUUCAGGAGGCAGCCGCUCCCGAGGAAGCGGCGGAGGACGAGGAUAAAGGUUUCGCCAGAGUCGACAAACGCGGAAAGGCUAUUCCUUUCUCCCCCGAGAGCAUCCAGAAGCACCUUCGCGCGAUCGUCGAGUCAAGGGGCAGGAAGAACACAGACCGUGGGGAACAGAUCAAGAUUAUGGAGGAGCUUAACAAGGUCGCUGAAACCCCUUAUCUCAAGAUUCGGGUUCUGCAGACGCUUGUUUCGGCUCGGUUCGAUCUCGGCUCUGGUACAACAACGUCGAUGCCUCUGGACCAUUGGAAGGCUGCAGAAAGGGAACUGGCUGCGUUGCUCACGCUCCUCGAGACACACAAGGACCACGUUGUGAUCGAGGGUGCGGAGGAAUGGGAAGACGACGAUAAGACCCCCAUUCUAGGGCCCGACGACAAGUACAUCAAGGUUCCCGGCAGCGUGGUGUCGUACAUUGAGCGCCUAGAUGACGAGCUCACUCGGUCGCUGCAAAGCAUCGACCCUCACACCUCAGAAUACAUCGAGAGGCUGACGGACGAGGCGUCUCUUUACAACAUCAUCCUCCAAGGCUUGCUCUACUACGAGACUAUCCGGAAGGAUGCGUCACUGGAAAUUCCCCAAGAGAGCCUGAACCGGAUCAUCCAGCGGCGCCUGGACCAUGUCUACUUCAAGCCCGCUCAAGUUGUUAAGAUCCUGGAGGAGAACGCCUGGAAGCAAGUUUCGAGCGGUGUCGAUUCUGCAAUCACCCCUCGUGGCGCGUCGGGUGAUGCCGGCAAACUGAUGUACACCCUGUGCAAUUACUUGUUCGACAACAGCGAAGGCAUCAUUCGUGCCCGUGCUAUGCUUUCCCAGAUUUAUUUCCUGGCUUUGCACGACGAGUAUUACAAAGCUCGCGACAUGAUGCUCACCUCUCACUUGCAAGAGAGCAUCGCGAACUUCGAUGUCGCCACCCAGAUUUUGUACAACCGCACACUCGUCCAGGUCGGCCUCUGCGCAUUCCGGCGAGGGCUAGUGUACGAUGCUCAAAACACGUUGCAGGAUAUCUGCGGCAGUGGGCGUCAAAAAGAGCUUCUUGCUCAAGGCGUGAUGAUGCAGCGGUACAACCAGGUGACCCCCGAACAAGAGCGCCUUGAGAAGCAAAGGCAGCUACCUUUCCAUAUGCACAUUAAUCUCGAGCUUCUCGAGUGCGUCUACCUGACGUGCAGCAUGCUUCUUGAGAUCCCUCUCUUGGCGCAAAUUGGCUCUUCGCCGGAUAUCAAGAAGCGCGUCAUCAGCAAGACGUACCGCCGGAUGCUUGAGUACCACGAGCGGCAAAUCUUCACGGGUCCGCCGGAAAACACUCGCGAUCACGUCAUGCAGGCAUCCAAGGCCCUUGCCGCCGGGGAAUGGAAGAAGGCUACCCACUUCAUCCACAGCAUCAAGAUCUGGGAUCUCAUGCCGAGCUCAGAAGAAAUCAAGGCGAUGCUUGCCAAACAAAUCCAGGAAGAGGGUCUGCGGACAUACCUUUUCACGUACGCCCCAUUCUACGAUACUUUGGCCAUUGAGACAUUGAGCACGAUGUUCGAGCUCGAUUCGGUCAAGGUUUCUGCUGUGGUCAGCAAGAUGAUCAGCCACGAGGAACUCGCCGCUGCUUUGGACCAAGUCACUAAGACGGUCAUCUUCCGCAAGGGCGUGGAGCUCAGCCGCCUGCAGAGCUUGGCUCUGGCGCUCUCGGACAAGGCAAGCGCUUUGAUUGAGACAAACGAACGUACCCUCGAGGUUAGAACCCAAGGGUCAGCGAAUGCCUUCAGCAGGAAAGAUGGUAGGCAGGGCGGCCAGAGGGGCGGUGGGCAGCGGAGUGGCAGGGGAGGUGCAAGGGCUGGUGGCAAUGCUCAGCGGCAGGCCGGUGGUACACAGUUUACAGGCGGCGCCCUGGGUGCUGCGGUGCGCGGUUAG